AUGUCAGCUAAAGAUUUGGAGCUGGGAACCCUUAUCGUCGUGAUCCUCAAGGCCAGGAACCUUAACGAUAAACAUUCUAUUCGAAAACAGGAUGCGUUCGCCCAAGCCACGCUGAAUGGAGUGACAAAGAAAACCCAUGUAGACAUCAAGGGUGGCCAGCAUCCAGAGUGGGAUGCAGAAUUAAGAUUCGCUGUUCUGGAGAAUGGUGCUGGCAAGCCUCGGAAGCUCGAGGUAGCAUGUUUCUCGAAGGAACCAAGAUCAGAUGAUCUCCUGGGUAGAGGCACGGUCGACAUAUCUGAUACGCUCAAGACUGGAGAAUUCGAUGACUGGAUCAGCCUGGACAUUGACGGGGUAGCCCGUGGUGAAUUGUAUCUUGAAAUGACAUAUUAUGCCAAUUCGGUUGCGCCAGCUGUAGCGAUGGGAGGGCUUGCUGUACCAUCAUACUUGAAGGAGGGUGUUCAGCGGAGGCCUUCUAAACUUCUACGAUCGGAUCGACUUUCUCGACCCAGUCAGGCAAUUAAUUUUCCACCUCCACAAAAUUCAACAUCCACUCAGGUUCGCAAGAGCACUCCUAAUUACGCCCUUCCUAUCCUCCCUCCUUCUCUCGCUCCCGCAAGACCUACUCCCACUCCCAACAUAAGGAAUGAACCCCAUCACUCAAGGCGCCCCACUGAUGUCUUACAACAUAAAACUUCGAAUCAAGCUACUGGCGUUCCAAUUUCAUCUUUAGAUUCCUCGCGAAAUCCACUGACGGCCCCUUUGCCAUCAAUUUUGCGACCAGGAAGUGCUCAGCCUCCAACCAGCUCAAAUUCUCCACCAUCUGGCCAUAUCCGGCAGUUGUCAACUGCUCCUCCAUCACUGAAUAAUCCCUAUGUACUUCCUGCUGUCACAGCCUCACAACAAUAUAUUCACGGCGUAAUACCCCCUGGAGCUCAAAAUGGGCAACCUUCGCCUUACCAUACACACAAUCCAUACCCAGUUUCCACUUCGAUCAACCCAUACAUAACUAACACUUCCCCGACGCAAUCGAGAGUUGACACUGUCGCUUCCCCUACCUUCGUGUCUGGAGGGUUUUAUAUCCCUGCGCCUGCCCUCCCACCCGUCAGGGAAACAAACCCUUAUAUGUCUACCUACCCCCGCGGCCGUGAAUUCGAUCCUUAUGGUCAACACUUGCCAACGCGAUACCAAACCCCGCUGCCCCUGCCCCAACGCUCACCUCCUGCCGGUCGAGCCUUUUCACCUACGGUUGGUCCAGAUGUGGCUCGCUUGGAAGCUCUGCGACGGGUAGAGGAAGAUGCAGCGCAGAGGAGGCAGCAAGAACUGAAAGAUCUUGAACUUGCCCUACAGCUCGACAGAGAGCUGAACCUGACGUAG